CCCCCUCCCCCCCAAAAAAGAAAACUCAUGUUUUACCGCUGAAUCAGAGCAAAUGUCAAUCCAUAGAAAACCCAAGGGCCAUUUGCUCCAAUUCAGCAGUAAUACAUAGUUCAGGCAUGUCCAACAGGUAGAUCACUGGAUGUCUGCGGUAGAGCACUGGUAGAUCACUGGCUCCCCCCAAAGAAGCUGAACAACUGUGGCUCCCCUAAAAAAAAGCCUCAACAUUUUACCUCCUCCCUGAAAAAACUCAACAACUUUGACCCAACCCCCCCCCCAAUGGGCCUUCCUCCUUCCUAAAAAAACCUCAACAACUUUGACCUGAUCACUGCCACUUUUUAAACUCUGUGAAUAGAUCGCAGUCUCUUGGGAGUUGGCCACCCCUGACAUAGGUCUUCCUGGAGAAAGUGCCAGGAUCCACAUCCACACACACACACACACAACCAAAACUACAAACAAACCUUUUUGGACAUGGAACUUUAAAGCCCUGACCUGACCCUAGAAAUGUGACACAAAAUGCAGUCUGGGUAAGUCCAUAGUCUGGAAAGCAUGUGGGUGUCACAGUGACAUAGAGAGAUACUGUGACAGUCCCUUCCAACCCACACCCCAUUGGUGGGACCCCUGGCAUAGAAUUCGGCUCAAAACUUCAUCCGCUCUUGCUCUACCACAGCAGGUGAUGCCCCAAAUGAGCCUGACUCAUUUCCCUCUUCGCUGGUGUGACAGCUGCUAAUUCAGUGGUGGUUUGGGGUGAAUUUGGAAUGCAAUCCUUGCUUUGCCACAGGCUUGGCUUUGAACCUUGGGCAUGGUUAAACUUGGAUGUGUUUUUUCUAUAGGAUGCGUCAUGCUAGAAUUUGGGACAAAAUAUAAUUCCGCUAUUACUUUUUUUCUUUUGUUUGCUGUUUGUUAUCCAGGGUUGGCUACGAAUAACACCCUGAAUUUAUAGCUCCAUUUCAAACUGGUGUUUGUGUGUUUCAUUAGGAAACUUGAAAGGAGGAAAUGGACUGGAGCUACAUGGAUGCAAGCUUCUGGUGUGCCAAGAGGGUGCCAUUUGUUUAUUGGAGGUCCGUGGCACUGCGCUUCUAAAUAAAAAGUUGUGAAUGCCUUGGGUGUCCCCCCCCCACCUGCCUCUCCCCUGCAUUGUGACCAAAUCAUCUGUGCAAUACUGGCUGCAUCCGUUUGACCCAGUUCCAUGGCAGAAGCUCAGCUUCCUCAAGGCAGCUCUGGUCUGACUCACUUUAACACCCACCCACUGUUGAAAGAGGCCAGCAAAGAGCCUUGGAAACAUGGAAAAGGCAGACUCUCUCUUCUCUGGACAGUGUCUGGUCAGCAGUGUUCUGCCCAGAGAGGAAAAACAAAAGGAGAGAACAGAACUCUUUGCUUUCCCAGUGGGGUAUUGUAGUACUGUAGUUUCUAAAGUAAAAACCCCUCCGUAUUAUGUGGCUAUCGCUUCGCUAUAUGGUACAUUUCCACAUGGCCCAUAGCUAAACUAUGGAAUUUGUUGUGAUGGCCACUGACUUGGAUGGUUUUAAAAAAGAAGUAGGCAAUUUCAUGCUGGAUUUUUCGAUCAAUGGCCUCUAGUCACAAUGGCUUUGUUCUACCUCCCCUGUCAGAAGUGGAGGAUAAUUCUCUUGUCCUCAUAUCUUGCAUAAGGGCUUCUCAUCAGAGUAUCUGGUUGGCCACUGUGAGAACAAGAUUUCUGAUCCAGCGGAGCUUGUCUUAUAUUCUUACUGUUUAGCUAUCCAUUACUUAUGGCUGAAUGCUUCAGUAUCUUACAAGCAUCUCAGCUAAGGCUUAUCCAGCAGCAUUAUAGAGUGCCUCUGAGGAGCACUCUAUUGACAGGCUUUGUGGAGACAAGAGUCAAUGCUGAGGCAACAGCACUUGGUCUUUGGGACAGCUGGAGUGCACAGGCCUAGCACCUUCUGGACUGUGAGUUGAAUCUCCCUUCAACACUGUAAAGGGCAUAGUGUAAGCCAGGGGUCCCCAAACUAAGGCCCGGGGGCCGGAUGCGGCCCAAUCGCCUUCUAAAUCCGGCCCGCGGACGGUCUGGGAAUCGGCAUGUUUUUACAUGAGUAGAAUGCGUCCUUUUAUUUAAAAUGCAUCUCUGGGUUAUUUGUGUGGCAUAGGAAUUCGUUCAUAUUUCCCCCCAAAAAAUAUAGUCCGCCCCCCCCCCACAAGGUCUGAGGGACAGUGGACCGGCCCCCUGCUGAAAAAGUUUGCUGACCCCUGGUGUAAGCCUUGGGCUAGGGGCAUUCCAGCCCUCCCAAGGAGCAAACCGAUGCCUUCAGAUCAGAACCUGUUGGAUAGCUCCACACUGUGGCGUGUUUGCCUCUGGUUGCAUCUGCACUAUACAUUUAAAACACCUUUCCCCCUCCCCCACCAAAAAAUUCAUGGGAACUAUAAUUUGUUACAGGUGCUGGGAGUUGUAGCUCUGUGAGGGAUCAACUACAGCUCCCACAAUUCUUUGUGCUUUAUAUGUAUGGGGUGCUUUGUAGCCUCUGCCCCUUUUGAGUUCUCUGCCAGACUUUUUCCAAUCCCUGGCUUCAAGGGGUGACCUGGGCUCCCCUGUUUCUCUGCCAGGCCCAGCUGUCCCUCCUUCCCGGUCCAUCCUUUUCCAUUACCUCCACGCAAAGGGAAGGAGCUAUUGUGUGGCAGGAAACAGCAGCUCCCUGCCUGCCUGCCUGCCUGAUCUCGCAGCCCAGCCUUGGCUCCUGCCUCAUUGUUUCCAGCUCCACAUCCUCCUCUUUCGCACACUCCCAAGGGCUGAGCUGGUUUGGGAAGCUGGAUAAAGCAGAUCCGCCACAGCCACUGAUGCCAUGAGUCGGGGCAGGCCCCUGUGCCUCUUAUGUGGAUUUGUACUCAGCAAUGCCAACCUGACAGUGUUUCCAAGGCAAUUGUGGGAUUAAUGUGCCGUCACCAUCAUCUGUAACCAUGAAGCCCCGAAACACCAUGGACACUCUUCUGAGAGUGCUGGGAAGAAGAGAGAGCACCCGAGUACCAAGUGGCCGCUGGCCUGGGAAGGUGUCCGAGCCUCACGCCUUCAAAGAGAAAGUAUUCAAGAAGAAGAAAAAAGCCUGUGUUGUGUGCAAGGAAUCCAUUGAGACCCAGGGUCUUGUUUGUAAAGUGUGCAAAGUGGCAAGCCACAAGAAAUGUGAAGCCAAGGUAGCGUCAUCCUGCCAGCCCCUCCCUCUUCCUGAACUGAGGAGGAAUACAGCUCCAGUCCGGCGUAUUGAGCAUUUGGGCUCUACCAAGUCCCUCAACACUGCUAAGCAACGGAACACGCUACCCAGGAGUUUCAGCCUAGACCACGUGAUGGAACGCAAGUAUGACUUUGACCUCACCUACAUCACUGAGCGCAUCAUCUCUGUCUUCUUCCCCCUGGCCUUGGAGGAGCAGCGUUACCGUGGCAACCUUCGGGAGGUGGCCCAGAUGCUAAAAUCCAAGCAUGAGGACAAGUACAUGCUCCUCAACCUGUCAGAGAAGCGGCAUGACAUCAUCAGGCUGAACCCCAAGGUGCAAGACUUUGGCUGGCCAGACCUCCACGCCCCACCUUUGGACAAAACCUGCACCAUCUGCAAAGCGAUGGAGACCUGGCUGAACUCAGACCCACAGCACGUGGUUGUGCUACACUGCAAGGGCAAUAAGGGCAAGACUGGCGUGAUCGUAGCAGCCUAUAUGUACUACAGCAAAAUCUCUGCAAGUGCAGACCAGGCCCUCAGCACACUGACCAUGCGCAAGUUCUGCGAGGACAAGGUGGCUGCUUCGCUGCAACCCUCCCAGAAGAGGUAUAUCCAGUAUUUUAGUGGGCUACUCUCAGGCACAAUCAAGAUGAACAGCAACACCCUGUUUCUGCACCAUGUUCUUCUCCCGGCUAUCCCUACCUUUGGAGCUGGAGGAGGUUAUCAACCCUUCUUGAAGAUUUACCAGUCCAUGCAGCUGGUAUACACGUCUGGGAUCUACAGUCUUCAUGGUUCUGGUGGAACUCAGAAGCUCUGCAUCAGCCUGGAGCCAGCCUUGCUCUUGAAAGGAGAUAUCAUGGUGAAAUGUUACCAUAAGCAGCUCCAGGGCACCGAGCGUGAUGUUGUGUUCCGCGUCCAGUUCCACACCUGCACCAUCCACAGCACCCAACUGUGGUUUAGUAAAGAUGAGCUGGAUGAAGCCUGGAGAGAUGAACGGUUCCCAUUUGAAGCGAGUGUGGAGUUUGUCUUCUCUUCCAGCCCUGAGAAAAUUAAAGGCCGUGAGACCUACAGGAACAAUGCUGCUGUUGCAGUAGAUUACAACAUCUCCGAUCCCAUAGUGCGCUGGGACUCCUAUGAAAACUUCAACCUGCACCAUGAGGACAGCCUGGAAGAUGUCUUGCACACCCGGGGCCCUCUUGACGGAAGCCUCUAUGCCCGGAUCAAGAAGAAAGGUGACCUGAGCAGCUUCUCCUCCUCUACCAAUGGCAGCCCCAGCGGACCAGAGUCCCCUCCGCAGCAAGGUGGGCGCUUCCUGUCCAUCAGCAGCGACUCAGGACACUCCUCCCUGCUGACCGAGAAGGCGGAUGAGAGCACGCCACUGUCUAGGCCACAGCCCACAGCUGCCGAGAAGGAGGAGCUAGACCGGCUCUUGGGGGGGUUUGGUGUCCAGCCUCGGCAACCGAGUGAAGGGAGCUGUCCCCAUGCCAUUUCCCCUUCUCCUACCAAAGAGAGAGAAACUGCCAUUUUGGAAGAUGAGCUCUCAGACCCAGGUCAGCCAGGAAUCCACUUUUCCUACCCAGCUCAGCGCUCUGGCUUGGCCCGCCAUUGUUCCUGCCGCCUUGCUUACCGUUCCCGCAGCCCUGAGAGGCCUCCCAACAUGGUCUACUACAGACCAGAUGGGACUCUGGAGUGGAGGCAGCCCCUCUAUAAUGGUGGGCCCUCUCAUGCGCACCCGGAGGGGUAUGAAGAGAAACGGCGGGUGUUCCGCUCCCUGUCCGAGGGCAUACAGUCGCCCCACACCUACCCCUUUGGCCAUGAGACACUGCCACCUCACAGCCCCAGCCGGCGGGAGCAGGAGGAGCUGCUCAUCUUGGAGGACCCACCCACUUUCUUAUGCCCCUGCCAAGAUUGCCAAGAGGUGGCUCGUGAAGAGGCAAGGUUGCCCACCGCUGCUUUCUACAGCCUCCGCCUGGACCGGGACUCUGAUCUGUGGGGGGUGGAAAACGCAAGGCCGUCUCUGCUUCAUCACCCGCUCCACCGGGAAGGGCAGCCUGUGCCCCUUCUAAUGCCUGCUACCUAUGGGCACCACCCUGUGCCCCAUGGGCAACACCAAACCUUUAACUUUGAGCCCAAGGUGGUGGCAGGUCACAUAGGUCACGCUUACCCAGCCCACCAGAGGCCCAAAGUGAUGGAAGAGAAUGCUGAGGCUUUUCCUUACCCCCGCUAUGGCCCCCCUUACCCUCCAGGGCCACCCUACCCCUACGGCCGGGGCCCAGCCAAGUCCUGCCUUGUCUCUGGGUACUCUGGGUCUCCCCACUCCGGCUCCAUUUCGCCAACCAGCCCCCUGUAUCCACCAACCAGGAAGCAAGGAUAUGAGCCCCCGGAGAGCAGCGAUGAAUUCCUCCCGCCAGCACCUGUGGAAAGGCAACGUGGGAUGCAAGACGGCAGGGACGGCAUGAUGCUCUGGCAUGACAGCCCCAUCUCCCUUCAGCACCAUCGCCAGGAGAUACUGGCUCACUGUGCAGACACCUCUGGCUCUCCCACGUCCUUCCACACCAGCAGUCCAGUAUUCAGCAGUGACAGCCCUGGCACCUUCAAGCACAGCAACAAGGCCACCAACCCCCCUGAAAACAUGCUGCGGCUGAGCCCCGAAGAGCUGGCUUCUCCUAGCUGGAAAAGAGGCCCAGAGAAGAUUGGUUCUUCAAGCAGCCCCACACAGAUGCUCACCCCAAUGCAGGCCUUCACACACCUCCCAACUUUCCGCCCGCAGGCCAAUGGGACUUCUCUGAGACCAGGCCUCCAAGCGCCACAGCUGUGCUCCCGCACCCACUGCUCCUCCAGCCCUCCACACAUCACCCCCUCACCCACAGCCAAACAUGGCGUCCCGGCAGAGGACCAGCCACACCAGAACGGUUCGGCGAGGUCUAGCCUCCAGGCCAUGACAGUCUCCUGCGAAUCGUCUGCCGAGGGAGCCUCGCGGCCUCAGCUAAGCCCCGUCAUGGAGAGACCGGCCCCAAGGAGCAGCUUACGGGUUCCUUGCUACAGCCAGCCUCCUCCCGGCUGCAGAAGUGUGUCCAGUGCUCCAGCCUCACCUCAGAUCCCAGCAGCCUACAAUGGGCAGCUGCACUGUGAGAGAAAUGAGGCUGAGGUGAGCUCCCUUCUCCGGUGCCCCAACAGCAGCCCCUCUCUCGGGCCCUACCCAGUCAGUGUCCAGCUGCCAGCCCCUGGCUAUGGUUCCGCAGACAUACAAGGCUCGCCCACCCCGGCCUUUCCCAUUGCAACAGCCUACUACACGGGCGCAGAGAGCAGCCUCUCCGAACGGGAUCCACUCUGCGAGCCACAGCAGCCCCCACUGCCUGAAAAGCAUCACAUACCGGCAGCCAGGAACUGGGAGAGGAGCUCACCGCCUGGCCGUAGCCCUGGCUCCGCUCACCACGUCACCUUUGCACCUGGCAUACCUGAUGGCAACACACCUGGCCCAGCUAACAGCUCUGUUCUUAGAACAGAUUCACAGCAAGAGAACCAAGUUAGCGUCAAAUUUGUCCAAGACACAUCAAAGUUCUGGUACAAGCCUCAUUUGUCCCGGGAUCAAGCCAUUGCCCUUCUGAAGGACAAGGAGCCUGGGACGUUCCUCAUUCGGGACAGUAAUUCCUUCCAGGGGGCCUACGGCCUGGCUCUGAAAGUGGCAACACCUCCACCCAACAGCAUCAACCACUCCACCAAAGGCGACCCUGCGGAACAGUUGGUGCGUCACUUCCUGAUUGAGACAGGACCUAAGGGUGUGAAGAUCAAAGGCUGCAACAAUGAGCCCCAUUUUGGCAGCUUGCCAGCCCUGGUGUCCCAGCACUCCAUCACCCCCAUCUCCUUGCCUUGCCGUCUCCGUAUCCCAAGCAAAGAUCUUGUGGAGGAGAGCACAGAGCUGGCUGUCCCCACCAACAUGAGCACAGCUGCUGAUCUGCUGAAACAGGGAGCAGCCUGCAGUGUGCUGUACCUGAGCUCUGUGGAAACAGAGUCCCUGACAGGUCCACAGGCUGUGGCCAAGGCAGCCACCAGCACCCUGAGUGCCACUCCCCGUGCUUCUGCCUGUGUCGUGCACUUCAAGGUGUCAGCCCAGGGCAUCACGCUCACAGACAACCAGAGAAAGCUGUUUUUCCGGCGCCAUUAUCCUGUCAGCAGCGUCACUUUCUGUAGCACAGAUCCUCAGGACCGCAGGUGGGCUAACCCAGAUGGCACCACAUCCAAGAUCUUUGGCUUUGUGGCCAAGAAGCAAGGCAGCCCAUGCGAGAACGUCUGCCACCUCUUUGCUGAGUUAGACCCUGAGCAACCGGCAUCGGCCAUUGUCAACUUCAUCACAAAGGUUAUGCUGGGGACUCACCGGAGAUGAAGGGACACUGCUGCGGAGCUCUCUGCAGGCAUCUUCUUCCUCCUCUCUACCUUGACCACUGAUCUGUGCUGCUCGUGUGAUGCGGGAAGAAGCUGUUAUUGGGCAGGUUGACAGGCCUAGGUGGAGCCACUGCUAGGGGGUUUUCUACUCCUCUGCCUCUCCCCCACCUACUGGCCAGCAAAAAGGGCUCUAGGGGGAGUGGAUGCCAAGGCUGCACUCACUUCACUGGACCCCAGGAGUCUGCAUUGCACUGCGUUUUCCUACCAGCAGACAAAGCACCAAUCGAUGACAACUUAGAAAAAGGACUGUACAGCUUUAAACAUUUGGCUGAUUUUUUCCAUAAGCUCAGACAAGGUUCUGCAGCACAACCAUAACUGAAGGCAUCUGGAAGCAAUGAAUAUGUGGAACUGUCUGCAUCCAUUAAGAGGCAGCAUCUUGUACCAUCCUGGUAGACGAAGAGGUUAGAAUUUCUCUGAGCAGGCCCAAGGGUAGCCUAAGGGCCAGCUUGCAAGCACCAUGCUGGCUGGGGAAAUCUGGUUCUUGCUUCUUUGCUGCAAAGCAACAGAAAGGAGGCAGGGUGCUGUUUGCAGGGUCAAAGCCCCAGCAAAGUGAGAAAAGUACCUGGGAUAUGUCUGCCAGGGUUGGGGUUGGGGUUGGGGUUGGGGAGACUAGUGGGCAGGUGAAGGGCUUAAGCUCUCCCCCUACUUGCUGUUUCCCCCACUCCUGCAGCCCCCUUGCAUAUGGGCAUGUGUGCCAUUUUGCAGCACAGAACCAGCAGCCAGAGGUCCCAGCCCCAUGUCUGCUUCUGAUCAUGCAGAUCAGUCCAGCCUGGCUAUAAAUACCCUUCAGGCUUAUCAAGUACUAACCUUGUCUUCCAUUAGUGAAGAAAGGUACUCAACAUGGUAAGAUAAGUGAUCCAUUUUGGAAGUUUUGAGCUUGAUGGACAGCAGUCAGUUCUACUGUUAGCUUUCUGGAUGUGUUGAAGUAGAUCAGAAAGUAUUUGUGACUCCAAGUUUGACAACCAGAAAAUAACACCCCUCCCAGUGUUACAUUACUGAAACAAAGGAGAUGGGCAGGGGGCUACCUGGAGUGUUAUUUGUGUGUGUGUGUGUGUCUGAAAGACAGUGACAGUGGUUAGAGGAUGUCAGGGUUUCAGUAAAAAAUGGAAGUAGAUCUCAUAAGCCUGAAGCCUGUCCGCCCUGUUUAAAACACUCAAGCUAUGGCUGCAAAGCUGGUCUUGGGUGUUUUAGAAUUCUUAUCUUUUAAAAUGCCACAUCCCUUCCUUUCAUCCUUUGCUGUACUGUACCAACAUAUUUUAUCAGCCUGGCAGUCUUUCUCACCAUUGGCUCUGAAGCUUGGGUGUGGGUUUCAGUUAUUUUCCCACUACCCUUUGCCAUUUAGAAUGAAGGCCUUGCUUUCUGGAUAGGAUUAUAAGGCAACCCUUCAACUUAAUCCAGUCUACAUAUUGAAUAGAAUUGAGCAGCACAAGAGGGUCUCACAUCUCUUACAUACAGAGUUUAAGCUAUCGGACCCCCAAUUCCCAUCAGCCUCAGCCAUUACAGCCAAGGGGCAGGGAUAAUGAGAGCCGUAGUCCAGAGAUAUCUGGGGGCUCAUGGGAUCCCUGCUCCUGAUGUAAACAGCAUCCAAAAUGGAAAGAACCCAGACUGCAGUAGGGGAACAUGGGAUGGGAGGGUCACCAUUUUAGGCCAUCAGCGGGAGAAAGAUUUGUAAUGCAAAUCAACACUGACCAAUGCCGGCUUUGCAUUCACAUUGCAGCAAGAGUCAUGCGUGAAAAUGCACUGAUUGUGUAAAGGAGAUGCAUAGUCCAUAACGUCUCUGGCGAGUUACCUUUCUCCUAGUUCUAUAAUGGAGCAGCAUUUAUGGCAUUAGUAUGUGAUAGAGGGGUCAAGUGGGAAGCAUUGGGAAGCUGCUGUAUUGCCUGAGUAAGGAUGCUUGGUCUUCAAGUUACCAGGUUACCUUGUGGCAGGAGCCGAGAGUGGCAGCAGCAAUGUGUGCUGAAAGGACCAGAGCACAGAGAAUGGGACCAACUGCUCUCAUAUUCUGAUUAAAAUUAAAGGCAGCAGUAACCUGGGGGUUAGCAGAGUGAAGAACCAGGUUUUCUGAAUUCUGCUCCUAGCUCAGGAGUGCAGUGAGACGGAGUACAUGGAUUACGGCUGGAUCAUCUGGACCUGUCUCUGUGGGCGCUUCUGGACAGAGGCUUGGUAUUGCAAAUAGGUAAUUUGGGUAUUACAAACAGCCAACAGGUGUGUUUUUUUAAUCAGAUUUUUUGCAAAAGGGGAAGAAAUGGAUUGAAGCGGGGGGGGGACUACUAUUUUGUUGCAGCUGCUGCAGAACCUGUGCAUGUAUGGGCAACACUGAUCCCAUGUAAGAACCUGUCAGGAAGCACCUUUUGAGCUCAGUUUCCAGUUCUCUCCAGGGCACAGAUGUAAAGUGCUGUGCAAGGGAGACAAGGCAGUUUUUCCCAGUGAAGCAAUGAAGAGAAAAUUGGAGUGGCCAUUUAUGGACCAAUCAGUUGAUAUCUUUGAAGUUGUAUGUGGUUGCUUUCAGAUGACCUGUUUAUUAAGUCGUUGUUUGCAUGUUUGCAAACAUUGGCUGUUUUACUGAGCAUUUCUUUGUGGCGAGUUUGCGUGAUACCGCAACAAAGAACUGUUACUCUACCCUUCCCUAUUUUCUCAUGACUUACCUUAGUACGAAAAGUCUGGGGUGUUUUGUUGUUGGCUUGUUGUGCAAGAGCACAAAAAGCCACUUUAAUCAAGCAACCUUAAUUUGCCAGUAUGCAACUGAAUCCCACCUGAAAGUAUUGGCAGUCUGCAAGUGCUGUAUGUUUUUGAACACAAGAUUCUCUUGUACCUUUUUCCAGCACUGAAAUACCAUGACAGGAGAACACGCAUCUGCUGAAAUGCUGCUUUCAGUGCAUCUCCCAGAGGCUCAAAGCCCUGUGAGACAACUCAUCCUUUUGACCACCGUUAAUCGUUUGAACAAUUGCUGCCAUUUUGAUUUCUAGGCUGCUUCUUAGGUGCAAUCCACUAAGCCCUGCUGCUGCUCACUGGUGGGUGCCAUAUGUAAACAAGUAGAAAAAGAGCAACAGCUGAGCUUGGUAGAGUGUGUGUGUGUGUGUGUGCUUUUUUACGCAACAAAGCAAAGAAGCCACCAAUAUUAUUAAAAACAACACA